AUGUCAAUCAUAAAACACUAUGCUUAUUGGCAUCCUGGUGCAAUACUCUCAAACAGAUCACCUAAUACUUCCCAUAUUAUGAGAAACAUUUUGUGGUCAUUUCCUCCUAAAGAUACUCAUAAAAUCAAUUAUGAUGCAUCUUGGAUAUCAGCACAGACUAAUGCAGGUUUUGGUUUUAUCAUGCGAAAUUUUGCUGGAAAUUUCAAGGCAGCAGGAAUUGGAAGCUUCAAAGCUUCAUCAGCAGAAGAAUCAGAAGCAGUAACUCCGCUUCAUACUGUCCAAUGGGCCGUUACAAAGAAGAUUGAAAAUUUGAUCAUUGAAUGGGACAAUCCAACAACAACUAUGUACGUUCAAGGAAAAAGCAACUCAAUCCAGUGGCAGUGUAUUGCAGUUCUAGAUGAAAUAAAGAAAUUGGUAAAUCAGUUAGUGUUUUUUUUGGGUUUCAAAGUUGUGGACAGGAAAGCAAAUGGAGCAGCAGAUAUUUUGGCAAAAAAAGGAACAAAUUCCAGUCAAUCAAACUUGGGAAGAAUCAGCACCUCUUUUUAUCAUUCCUAG